CCUAAUUAGAAGCUCCUUCAUAAUGAGGAAAAUUAUUUUCAAAGUUAAUGAAUUUGCAAGCAGAAACCUUGCUGUCAUCCUAGAAUGAAUUACUCACAUUCCUUACAUACAUAUUUUAGUUAAUCACUCUAAUUAAUAUUAGUACUUAAACCAUGUGGGAUUGAUUUCACUGUUAAAGCAAACUUUCCUUUGUUUUUAGACAGUAUAAAAAGACCACGAUUUCCCUUGUUGUAGACAUCAGGCUGCACAUACAAGCUUAAUUCUAGAUUUUGGGCAAAAUGGAAGUUAUUUCAUCAAAACGACUCAUUUUAUUGAUUUUAGCCACUUCAAGCUUGUUAACAUCAAACAUCUUUUGUGCAGAUGAGUUAACAAUGUCCAAUGUUCACGGCAAAGAAAAUUAUGACAAAUAUUCUAAGCCUAGAGGAGACCCUAAAGGGGAAAAGGAAAGAAGUCUCAAUUUUGAAGAAUUAAAAGACUGGGGUCCAAAAAACGCCAUUAAGAUUACACCGUCAGUCAACAAAAUGCCACACUCGGCAGCCAACUUGCCAUUGAGAUUUGGGAGGACCACAGAAGAGGAGAGAAGCACUGGAGCAAUGGCCAACCUGCCUCUGAGAUUUGGAAGAAAUACAGAGGAAAGCAUCUCAAGACGUGUUCCUAAUCUGCCCCAAAGGUUUGGGAGAACAACAGCAGCCAAAAGUGUCACCAAGACACUGAGUGAUUUCCUCGAACAAUCCAUUCAUUCACCAUCUGCCAAUGAAUUACCUUACUCUAUGUCCUGCCAGCCCCAAGAAAUCCAGAUUCCUGAUCGAAAACACCCAAGGAGACUGGGAUUCAAGAAAAUAGGCGAUGCAGAAUUGAAACAAGAAAAAUAAGAAAUCCGGAGCCUGUCCCUAAAGACGAUAUAAAGCUGUGGCCUGUGAUCUGCAAAUAGCUCUCAAGCGAAGACAACAAUGAGUGAAGAGUCCCAGCACUCUUUUAAUGGGUUAUAGUUGAGAGCAAUUUUUCCUUGUCCUUACGGCUAGUAUCUUGAAAGUUAUAUAAAACAAUUUAAAGAAUAUUGUAAU